GAUAUUGAUGCUUAUGCCUUGCGGCUAUUGGGAAAUUUGUUUGGGAAAUUUUAAACAUUUAAAAGGAGGAAGCUUGUUCAAUUAAAUACAAUAGUGUAUCAUAAAUAAAGGUUGAUGUGUCUUAUUACUGUCUUACCUACUGAUAUUUUCGCUUAUCGACCAUCGGAUAUUACAAAACAAUGACGGCGCGCAGUUUUGAGUUGGUCAACAAUAUAUGGAUUGGUGAUGGUCACCCAUGCUUCAUCAUUGCUGAAAUUGGACAAAAUCAUCAAGGAGAUAUUGAGAUAGCCAAGAAACUCAUAAAGAUGGCCAAGGACUGUGGUGCUGACUGCGUCAAGUUUCAGAAAUCAGAUUUGCAUUCCAAAUUCACUAAGUCAGUCUUGGCUCGUCACUAUGAGAGCCCACAUGCUUGGGCUUCAACUUACGGGGAACACAAAACAUUCUUGGAGUUUUCAGAGGACCAAUAUAAAAACCUGAUGACAUUUGCCUCUUCGAUAAACAUACACUUCACUGCCUCAGCCAUGGAUGAAGUAUCUUUAGAUUUCCUAGUCAGCUUAGGAGUUCCAUUCAUAAAGAUGGGUUCAGGGGAUGCCAAUAACUUGAUUCUGCUGGAGAAAGCUGCCAAGACCAAACUACCUAUUAUAUAUUCUACAGGAAUGCAAGACAUGCAAACAGUCAAAACUGCCAUGGAAAGAAUGAAUGCCUGUAAUCCCCGGGUCUGCAUACUACAGUGCACCUCUUCCUAUCCCACUCCAGAGGACCAAGUUCACUUAAGAGUGAUGCAAUCCUAUAGGGACCACUUUCCAGGAUCUCCAGUCGGAUAUUCCGGUCACGAAUUAGGACUUUCUAUAACUUUAGCCGCUGCAGCUCUGGGAGCCCACGUCAUUGAACGACACGUAACUUUGGACAAGUCGUGGAAAGGCAACGACCACGCCUGUUCACUUGAUCCUUUAGAAUUGAAGUCUCUGGUUGAAGGUAUACGUACAAUCGAGAAAGCUCUGGGCUCGGCCGUCAAGUCAAAACAGCCAUCUGAGGAGCCGUGCCAUCAAAAGUUGGGCAAGUCGGUCGUGUGUACACAAAAAUUGGAAGCCGGUGUCCAACUUUGCAGCGAACAUUUAACCGUUAAAGUCGGUCAGCCUGUCGGCUGGCCCCCUCAACAUCUUGAUCAGCUAGUAGGAAAAACUCUUUCUAGAAACGUGGAUCAAGACGAAACAAUCACCUCAGACUGUAUUAUUUAAAAACUAAAUUGUAUUUCAUCCUAUUCGGUACUAAUUUAUCUACGAGAAAAAGAAAACAAAAAUACAGAAUUCAAAAUACUAA